CAUCCAUUGAUAACCGGCGCUUUCUUGGCCGUGGGAACAGAGAAGAAGAAAAUCGUUGUAGAAAAUUUUGUGUAUCUUUCGGUAUUUACAAUGAAGAGGGCUGCAUCCGACGUAAUUAGUGCUACUAAAGGUGCCAAAAUCAUAAUGCUAGACAUCGAGGGUACAACAACCUCUAUAAGUUUCGUAAAGGAGGAGCUCUUCCCGUACGUCCGGCGCGAGGUGGAAUCCUACCUGCAGGACACCUGGGACGACCCUCAGACACAACAGGAUGUCAAGGACUUGAUAGAACAGAUCGACAAGGACGUAGAGAACGGGGUACAGGGAAUGGCUGCCUGCCCGGGCGCGGAUGCCCCUAGGAGCGAGGUGAUCUCCGCCCUGGUGUCCGGCGUUCACGCCAUGAUGGACGCCGACAGGAAGGUCGGCCCGCUGAAGGCGCUGCAGGGUCAUAUGUGGAGACGAGCCUACGCUGACGGCACCGUCAAGGGCCAUGUUUACGAGGACGUGCUCGAUGCCCUGAAGGAGUGGAAGGGGGAAGGCAAGGACAUUGUCAUCUACUCCUCCGGGAGCGUCGAGGCCCAGAAGCUCCUCUUCGUUUCGGACACUCCUGCUUCGGAUUAUAUUGAUAUCAUUAAGACCUCAUUUAAGACCUUAAGCAACAUCAUCGCCACUGCAUUUCAUAUCACGAAGUCUCGAAAACUUGACUCCAGAAAUCACUUGAAUUACAAGAGAUUCUCUGCCUGGAGGAAUGUCACCUUAACACUCAAUGACACCCCAAAGGGAAGAUUUCUGCGUCUUUACUUCAGCCACCACUUCGACACGGGCGUGGGCGCCAAGGUGGAGGCGCAAAGCUACAAGAACAUCCUGAAGGAGCUGAAGUGUGACCUAAAGGACGUCGUCUUCCUCACGGAUCUCCCCAAAGAGGCGUGGGCAGCUAAGGAAGCCGGGAUGGAAGUCGUUCUCUCAGUCCGCGAGGGAACAGCUCCUCUUUCAACCGAGGACUUGGCCACCUUUCCUCAGGUGACUUCUUUCUCUCAGCUCCUCGAUCGUCCUUCCUCCCCGAGGAAGAAGAAGACUUCCACGGAAAAGCAGGCGGAAGCUUCGCAGAAAUAGGGAAGAGACAAUCACGUGAUGUCUUCAUACCAAUGAUGAUUUUAGUUAUUAUGUCGUGGCACAAUGUGAUUGAUUUCUUUUCACUUUAAAACUCCUCUUUUUUCCGUGUUUGAGGAAAUAAGGCCAGUAACAUAAGAUUACAAGUAGAAAAAUACUACACCUGUGUAAUUUAUUUUCCAUAAUGAUGCAGUAGUUGUGAAUAUAAAUGGAUUGAAUAUAGUUCCAAGUUUUGUUGUGUAAACAUCUGAUUUUUGCAAGUUAUGUUUUGAAACAAUAUUAUCAAUUUGCUAAUAUCUUGUGAUAAGAGGUAAAAUGUAUUUUUGAUUUGGUGUUUUAUAUCUUUACAGUUAA